AUGACGAUCUCAAACUGUGCUUUGAAGACGGCCGAAGGUUUGACUGGUCUUCGAAUUCCGAUGGGCCACGUCGUCGUCGAUUUUGGUGCUGCGGGAGAGGGUGCUGGCCAAAUACGUGGAGUUGUCCGCCACUUGCAUUUGGGCUCCGUUCACGCUGGUUUGCCGCGCAUUGUGGAGAGGGGCUGUGUUAAUGACCACACCGAAGUUCUCGCAGGCGGUGGAGAAGAGAUCCAUGCUCCUUUGCUUGUCUCCUGCCGAGGUUGCUUUGAGGGCGCAGUCGUUAGCGAAGAAAAGUUCGUGAACUGUGAUUGUGUAUACGCGCGAUUGGAAGUGCAUCAGCCGUUGAUUGAGGAGGUGGCCGUCCCCCUCUUUGGGCGAGGAUAUUCGUGCAUGCAUCUGCGCGCACGGUACUGUGGACUCCGCUGGCCGGAUAGAUCUUCGCGUCGGUAUCGCCGAGACGAGGCUCCGUCUGGACCCCUGCAGGAGGCCACAAGGUAAAUGAGCCCACAGGUAAGCAAACGUUGCUCUAUUUCCUCGCUUUACCUGUUAGUGUUACCUGCUGUAUGCUGCUCUUGUCGCCUGCUCUAGGUUUGUUUGUUUGCGCUUGGCCUUACUAAUAGCUAGCUGCAUUGUGCUGGACCUUGUGUGCUGCCUUGCUUAUUGCUGUUCCAGCCUGUUGGCCAUCUCUGCUUGUCCAUCCUAACUGUAAGUCAGAUAUCGUUCUGUUGGUUGUAUCUUCUCUCCUGUCCACUCUCCCCACAAUUCGAGGUCCCAGGCUCAUUCGGGUUGUUCGUCCACUACACCAAAGUCGUGGCCCAUAGUGGAGUGCAGCAGCAUCUGACAUUACCGAGCAGCCCUAUUUAGGGAGGUACUGCUUGCCCGCAAGAUGAGGGGCUAGAAAAGGCGCCCUAUAAAAAUGCUGGGAACCACACCGUCUGCAGGCUGACUGUGGUCGCAGACGUUAAACGCACGGUCGAAACAACCAAAAUCGAAACAACAACAACAACAACAACAACAACAACAAUUCUCUCUCUCCAUCUCUCCCUUCUUCUUCUUCUUCUUCUUCUUCUUCUUCUUCUUCUUCUUCUUCUUCUUCUCCUCACCGCCACCCCAACGGCCAGACUGGUAGGGUGAGUCCGCUCACUCUGACAGCCUGGAAUGUUCGUUCCCUUUAAGACAAUCUUAGUAGCAACCGACCGGAACGGAAGACGGCGCUAUUGGUUCGGGAACUGGCGAGCUACAAGGUGGACAUCGCCGCACUCAGCGAGACCCACUUCUCCGAACAAGGCCAACUAGAGGAGGUGGGUGCCGGUUACACCUUCUGGAGCGGUCACUGCAGGGCGAAGCGACGGGAGGCGGGUGUCGCGUGGUCUUGA